CCUAUUCCCACGAUCCCAGCUCCUGGAAACUACUAUUCUACUCUCUGAUUCACUCUGGAAUCCACUGAGAUGAGGUACAUAGAGUAGUCAAACUCAUAGAAUCAGAGAGUAUAAUGUCUAAUGAGAGAAAGUAUCUGCAAGACUUCUUUCCAAAUAUUGGUCUAAUAGUCACCAAACACAUAGGGUUCAUGAGGGCCAGACUUCCAUCAUCAGUUCAUGUUCGCCCUCUCCACCACUUAGUUCUGCAUUUGCAAAUAUCCACCUGUAUUUCUAGAAACAUCCACAUGGUCCUCACCUUCCCUCUACAGGGGGAAGGGAACAUCAUGGGCACAGAACAGAGAACAUGGUCUUGGUCCAAAGCUAUCAGCUCUUGCCUGUUGCCUUCACUCUUCAUUCCUUGGACUCUGCUCUGUCUUUAGAGGUCACUGGCUCAAGUCAGUCACUAUGAGACAGCUGGGAAAACUGCCCAACCUUGUGGCUCCACUGUCUGAUAACUGAACUGACCUCCAGGCUUGACUCUGGUCUCCCCUGUGUUAUUUCUGCUGAAUUACCCAGUCCAGGCCAGGAUUCCCAGUGCCCAAAGGGUUUAAGAACAAUGGGAAGUUCCAUCAUCCAUCUCUAGGAUGUCCUUGGAAAGGGAAGCUGCAGAGAAAACAUACCUUGGGGGACAAAGUAAGACUGAAACUAAGAAGAUUCCAGCACUGCAUGCUCCAGUGGAGACUCCCAAGCCAUCCAUCUCCAGCAGUAAUUUACACCCCAGGGAGGCCGUGGAGACUGUCAUCUUAUCCUGUGAUCCUGACACUCAGGACGUAAGCUACCAGUGGUGGAUAAAAGGUCAGAGCCUCCCUAUCAGUCGCAAGUUGCAGCUGUCCGAAAACAACAGGACCCUCGUUAUAUUUGGUAUCACAAAGGAUACUGCAGGACCCUAUGAAUGUGAAAUGAAGAAUCCAGUGAGUUCCAGCCGCAGUGACCCAGUCACCCUGAAUCUCCUCCCGGAGCUGCCCAAGCCCUACCUCACCAGCAACAACUUCAACCCCAUGGAGAAUAAGAAUGUUGUAACCUUAACCUGUGAACCUAAGACUCAAAACUACACCUACGUGUGGUGGGUAAAUGGUCAGAGCCUCCCGGUCAGUCCCAGGCUAAAGCAACCCGGUAAAAACAGGCUCCUCAUUCUACCCAAUGUCUCAAGAAAUGACACAGGACCCUAUGAAUGUGAAAUACAGGACCGAGUUGGUAGCAUGCGCAGUGACCCCAUCACCCUGGAUGUCCUCUGUGAGUAUCUUUGGUUCCUCUGUGGGCCAAGUCACCAGCUUAAAUUCAAACAAACAGAGGCCAGGCAUCUCAGUCUCUCUCAGGUCAAAGUACAGACACUUUCAUUUCUGGACACCUGAGCUGGCCAUGACUCCCUGCCCUGGGAAAACCUGGGCAGGCACAGC